GCAGUUAGUCAGAUGAGUGUUUAUUUUGAUAAACUUUAUGGCUUUUUUACCUAAUUUUGUUAUAAUUUAUCUAUUAAAAUUCGUGUUGUGAAUUAUUAAGUGUAUUGACAAUAGAUUAUUGCAUGUUUCUGAUUUUUAAUGUGCCGAAAGUCAGUGAUUUGAUUUGAGUCGUCGGUCGGCCAUCGAGCAGUGAAUAACAUCUUUCCAGGGCUGCUGUGUAUGUAUUUUCCAAUUUUACGAAUAUUUUACCUUCAAAACUUGUUAAAAUCGUUGAGAAACUUAACGGAACACUUACUAAACAGGUACACAUUAGUUAUAUGCAUUUAACCGUUAAAAUACUCACAAAACUCGCGAACGUCGUAACCGUGGUUCACUUCGUGGAAAACCCCAUAAAGGAGUGACGCAAACAAUCUUUUUCUGUGUAAUUGAAAUUUUACCAUAAUCUCUUAAUAAAGUAACGCGAUAAUUUCAUAGUUAUAAACGUUUUUCUUAAUGCCUUUUUCGUCUCGAUGAGUCGUAUUUUCCAUAAAUCAACAACACCUAACGCCAUCUGCCUUGCUCCUCUUUCGUGUGGUGUAACGUGUAAAUGGCUAAUCCGAGUAAUAACAACGACAAAUGGUAUUUUACCAAAGAACAGUUGGAAAAUACCCCAUCCCGAAAAUGCGGAUUUGAUGCCUAUAAGGAACUACAGUACCGACAACAAGCAGCUAAUUUCAUACAGGACAUGGGACAAAGAUUACAAGUGUCGCAAUUAUGUAUAAACACGGCAAUAGUUUACAUGCACCGAUUCUACGUGUUUCACUCAUUCACCAACUUCCCUUGGCACCAAAUGGCCGCAGCGGCACUUUUUUUGGCUGCCAAAGUCGAGGAACAACCCAGGAAACUAGAAUACGUCAUUAAAGUGGCUCAUAUUUGCAAAAAUCCUAAGGAUAGAAGUUUUGAUGUCAACUCAGAGAGGUAUAUAGCCCAAUCACAAGAUCUGGUAUUCAAUGAGAACGUGUUACUUCAAACUUUGGGAUUUACUGUAGCUAUAGAUCAUCCACACACUUAUGUUGUGAAAUGUUGCCAUUUAGUGAGAGCCAGUAAGGAUUUGGCUCAAACGUCUUAUUUUAUGGCAAGCAACAGUUUACACCUGACGACAAUGUGCAUCCAAUACAAGCCAACAGUUGUUGCGUGCUUUUGCAUAUUGCUGGCAUGCAAAUGGUCUAACUGGGAAAUUCCAUUGUCCACAGAAAAGAAAGAAUGGUUUACUUACGUGGACCAGACUGUAACGGCCGAGCUGUUGCAGCAGUUGACUAGUGAGUUUUUGGAAAUUUUCGAGAAUUGCCCAUCAAGACUUAAAGAGAAAAUUAUGGCUAAACAGGAGCAGGAAAAGAGACCUGAAGGUUCCACUCCGCAACGCUCUCUGGAAUAUAAAGGUGAGGACCCACAUAAACAUCGGACAACGCGACCUCCUGAAGCACCAUCUUCCGGCAGCAGUCAUCGCAGCCAAGAACAGAGAGAUAGAGAGUAUAAAGAGCGUAAGGAAAAAGAAAGAAUGGCGCACAUGAGCGGCAUCACUUUGCCGAAUCACCACCAUCAUCGCCCCAGCGGUACCGCAGAUCCGAAGAUGAAGCCGCACAGUAGGCCUAGCGGCGGGGGUAAUCCUCCUUACCCUCCUCCGAGGGAUAUUUUAAGGGAAACAAAGGAUUCUCCUUUCGGCAUACCCGGAUUACAUAAGGAUCCUUAUGCGGCAGCCCGUGUUAGUGAUAGUAAAGUUAAAAAUGAAAUUAAGACUGAACCGAUGAACAGUUUAACAAAUUAUAGAGUUGAUCCUAGCAGGACUAGGGUUGAUCCUCCUAAACCUUCUUCUUCCUCUUCUUCAUCGUCCUCCUCCUCUACUUCGAAACAACAAGAUAUGUUGCGUAGAUACGAGGAACAACAGAAACAACAGCAACAACAAAAGCAACCCUCUUUUAAGCCAUCUACCUCGCAAAAAGUUAGCAGUAGUUUAGUAGAUAACAAACAACAGUCCGUCCCAACUACAAAACCCACAGUCAAUCAUAUCCCUCAAUACAACAAUAGUAAACAACUAACGAAUGGCAAUACCAACGGGUCUUAUAAUAAUGGUAAGCCAGAAAUGAAAAGUGAGCCGGUUAAAGAAGAAAUUCCCACUCCGGCGGUAAUCAAGCGCCCCAGUUUGUUUUCGCCGGAACCGGAACCUGCCGCAGUGGAGGUUAAGAAUGAACCGGUACUGACGAAAGAGCCCUCUUUGACCAGUUUGACCAUCUUGUCACCGAUUAAUUCGCCGCCUAGUGUUAGAAAUCGGAACUACUCGAGCAGUUCAGAGCCGGAACUGAGACCUACUAUGAAGAAAAUCGAUCAGGUGGAAGGUUUUGAAAACUUGAUGCGCGACAGCACGAUUGGGAUGACCCGCGUGCAAAAUGACACCUCUGACUCAGCUCCAGUGCAACAGGGGCAGGAACUAACCCAUCUAGAAGCAAACUCGGACAUAAAAACUGAACGAUCAAGUCCCAUCAAAGAUCCUCCUCCGGUCACCAGUACAUUAGUGAACGGCCUAGAAACGAAUCCCACUCUAAUAAGCAAUUUGUUAAAGGAAGCUUCGACAAUGAGCGGGGUUUCAGUGGUGAAAACAGAAUCCGUAGAAACUGCCACAAAGGCUCCAGAAUUCACUGAAAAAGAGCACAAGCACCACAAAAGUAAAAAGAAGAAGGAUAAACAUAGACAUAGAAGUAAAGAAGAAAAAGAAAAGAAAAAGAAACAUAAAGAGAAAGAUAGGGAGAAGCAUAGGCAUAGGGAGAGGAAAGAGGAAGUUAUAGCCCCGUUGCCUUCAGUUAGUGAACCGAUUAAGAUCAAAAUUCAAAAAGACAAGAUUCAGCCGGUAAACGAACUGAAAAUUAAAAUACCCAAGGAUAAAAUUAAGACUGAAGGAAUCGUGGAUUCUUUGUCAAUGUCUCAGCCCAGUUCUGGAGGUCUCAAAAUCAAGAUUCCAAAGGAUAUUAUCGCCAAUUGUAACACGAGCGGAAGUAGCCUCAGUUCCCUAGAUAUUUCCAUGGGUGGUCAGAAUAGUUCCAGCAGGAAAAGGGACAGAGAUCGUACCACAUCGCCCAUGGACACCCCUCCAACGAAAAUGUCCAAAUCCAGCCACAAGGACAAACAAAACGGUAGACAUUCGUCGUCUUAUAGCAAGGUGAUGUCGCAAGGUGAUGGCGAGUCGUCCGUUCUCAGGUUGGCCGAAUCUAAGUAUACCAAGGGCUCGUCAUAAAUGGGCAAGCAAGCAACAAACACACGCAACCCUUCGCGCGCUUUAUUUUAUCGACUAUAUAAUGGUGCAAUAGCAAUGGAGAAUCACUUUAAUUGUAGAGUCUUUAGUUUAGAUGCCUUUUAUAAGUAGAUAGAAAGAAUAUUAUGUAUAAAUGAUUAUAUUCAUGAAUUAAAAAAAAAUUAUUGUACAUCCGUGCUCGGAGUUGAGGGGUGGCUCUUUUGAUUCGCGAAUAUACUGAUCAAUCGGGGAUAUCGCGUCACGAUCGAUCAGUACCGUACAAAAAAAUUAAAGUUUGUUGCUUCAGAGCCUUAUAUUUAGAUAAUGCCAACUUGGAUUCUUGGUAGCUUAAAAAGAGUCACUCUUAACGUCCGGGAAGGUGCCUAAUUGACAUUCAUCUGGUUUCUCAAAAAUUUCCCAACAUGUUCUGAGAAAUUGGAUGGAGUUGGUGUAUGUAAAAAAUAUUUUAUAAUUUUGUACCAAACUUUAUAUUUAGAUAAUCGUCUUUUAGUAAUUUCGCCCUAUUACGUUCAUGAUAAUUUUUAAAUGAAUGAUAUCAACAGAUCAAGAUCCUAAUAGGUGGAAAUUAUUAUAACUAACCCUCUCAUUUCCUCUUUUGGCCAUAUAUAUAGUGAAGACGUAGAAGUGACACAAGAAUUAAGUUGACCUAUAUAUGUGUAAAGUAAUCUGUGUAGCAAAAACAUUUAAAAUAGGCUUUACUAAUGUUGAUGAACAUAUUUAAUUAUCAUAAUAUUUACACUAAUAUGGACAACUUGAAGAUAUUGUUACCUAAUAAAUGCCAAAAUUGCUUUAAAUUGUAAUACAUAUAAAAAGCCUCUCGAAAGCUUCAAUAUUUGCUAAGCUAAAAUUAUAUUAUAAAAUCAAUAACAUCUAUAUGACAUAUAAUUACAAUUUUAAAAACUUGUCAACUUGAGCUUAAGACCCAACUACUAAAUUACAAUUUAUAGUACUGCCAUUUAAAGUGAGCUUUGAUGAACUGAAAGAUUCGUUAACUUAAAUAUGACGAUAUGUACAUUAAGAAAUAAUAAGAUUUGGCUAAACGUUUUAUGUUAUGUUUCUUAAUACUUAAUUCUAAUCAUAGAGCAACCACUAUUGUUACAAGUUAAGGCAGCUUCUAGGGGAAAUUUCCACAAACUUGAGUCAUAAUUUUUAAGAACGUCACCCAGAAAAAAACAUUUUUACAAUUUUAACAUUUACAAAUAUAAGACCGAGAAAUUCCGCAUUAUAAAAAAUAUAUUUUGUUUAUAAAUAAUUAGAGUAAUGUAGACAGAACUGGGCCACGGUUUUAUUCUUGGUCGUAAAAUGGUCAACAUUUUUGUUGUUUUAUUUUAAACGUAAGAGAAUCUCCAAAUGUAACUUUCACUUGUGACAGUUUAUUAAAAGUUUCCGGAAAUUUUUUUUCGGCUUUAAAAAAAGGCUCCUCAUUAGUCUUUUUUAAAAUUGUAGGGAGAGUGGCAAAUAAAUCAUUAGCCAAGCGCUCAAUUAAUAUCCUAAAAAUCGCAAUUAAGGGGCUUAGAAGCUAAGGGGUACAAGCGCCAAAAUACCUUUUUUUUUAGAUAAAAAAAGUAAAAGUUAUAUUUAAAUACUAAAUUCUGCAUUACAUCAAACACUUAUAACAUUAUUUUGGAUUAUUUAGGUACAUCUUAUUUCUUUCACGGAAAAACUUUUUCAAAUUUGGUAUUUUUUUCAUUAAAAAAUAGAAUUUUGAAAAAACUUUUGCACUUUGUAUUUAUACUUAUUACCCUUUGCCAAGUAUUUUAGCAAUUAAAAAUAAAAUAAACUAAUGAAAAAAAAUUACUAAUUUAUUAAACGUAAUCUGACACAAGAUCUUGAUAGGUAUUUUCUUCACCUUCUGAUGGAACAUUCACUUCAACUUCUUUGAAGUUUGACAGUGUCUUUGAAAUUGUGGAUUAAUAGUGCGUCUGCGAUUUAAAACUUUGUUAUCGCUUAAGUUGCGGUAAAAAUCGUGGUGUAUAGAGAUAUAAAGGGUUAAAUCUCCAAUAAAUUUUUAUAUUUGCGGAUCAAAGCAAAUAGCUUGUGGAGCUUUCUUAAAAUGCACUUCUUUAUUAAUUAAUGCAACCGCAGGGUCUUCGCUACUAUAGAUUAAAAAAGGUGCGCUGGUCUUUCUAAGCUGGUCACAUAAUGUAGAUACACGUAUCUGUAUAAGGUCUACGGAAGCUUUUGGAGCAGGUCGUACUUUUUGUUGACAUUUAAAGCAGAAACUAUAUUUUUUCGAUUUGGAUUAUAAUGACUUUCGUAAUCGUUCUUAAAUCUAGGAAAUGAGUUGUUAUUUUGUUACAGAACUGUCAAACUUGUUAGAAGUUGUAUGUUUACUUUUUUGUCAGUAGGUGGUACACCUUAAGUACACUUUUUCACAGUAGGAGAGUUAGACUUUUUUUCAUAACGUUAGUAAAUCGUUUAUUACUUAUAUUCAAAGUACGCAAACAAAAAACUGUUUGAAUACACGUUUUCCAGUUAAAUUUAUGGCGUCACCAGUAGCAGUUCUCACUUGUAUCUCUUUGCUACAAAGUUUUUAGUACUAAAAAAAUUAUUUUAUGUACUUAACUCCUUUUUUGAAAUUUUGUCACAUCUAGCUUAGCAUCAACUUUUACUUAACCGUUUAAUUGGAAGGACCGCCUGUAUAUUUUAGAUCGAUGAAAUUGAUUUCGUAAGUUCUGCAGUUUAUUGGUGAAAGGAAUAAGAUAAGAAGAAAUCGAUGUAUUCUUCCGAAGAAAAUGACGACUGUUUUUUUCUUGCCUUUUUUCAGUUUCUAUUGUUUUAUUUCCGACUUUCUGCCCUAGCAGACGUGAUGUGUCGUCAAAACAUUUGCAUAACUCAUAGAAAUGAGCGAAUAUCAUUACUAAAAUGGCCCACUUUGAUCUACGAGCGCCAUUUUUAGCUUCUGAGUUCAACAUCAACAGAAUGUGAGUCGUAGGUGGAAAUCUCUGCAUUUGGAAAGAUGAUAUCGUACACUAACAUUUUGCAUAUUUACCUGAUUUUUUGUAGUACGGACAUGAUGAUGAGAACCUGGGUUAUCAAUCUUUUCGGACCAGUUCGCGCACAAAAUUCUGAGCUUCCCCGAAUGCUUGUGAAAAGUGAGCUCGCGUCAAAAUAAAGUAAUGAUAUUCAUGGUACGACAUAGACAUCACUAGGAGAUAAAACUUGCGGCUGGCCUUUUCCUGUAUAUGUCCAACUUCCACUCUCAUUGCUCUACUUAAAUGGAAAUUAAUUAAAAUUGUUUGAAUUAGCGAAUGUAUAUGACGAAAUUGUAUAUAUACAUUUUAAGACCAUUGUGGAUUAAAAUUUCGUCGUCCAUUCCGCUUUUGUUGUUUUUUGUCAAUAUCUAUUGACAUUUCUCUUAUCUACUUCAUCAGUUUCGAGCGUGGUAGAAUUACAUUGUAAAUCCAUAUAAGAGAUCAACGAAGUGGUAUACAGCAUAUAAAAUAUUUUAGUUUUUAAUACGUAGCCCCACCCAUAUUUGGUAUUAUUUUGGUAAGAGCACCAAUUUCAGCAUUAACCUUUUAUGCAGCCUAAAUAAUGUCUCCCAAAAUACCUUUUCUUCAAAAAUUUGUUCUCAAACUUACUUUAAUGUUCUAGUUGCAGUAAUAAGCUAAUCUCUUUACCACCACAUAAUGUCAAUAGGCAAAUCGUCCGCAUUUUGCCAUUUGUACUGUGAUGUGUCUGGCUACAGGAUUAGUGAAAUUCGUCUUCACUUUCGAAAGCAAUGUCUUAUUUUUUCUAUCUGUUGUUUAUAUUUGCCUCAAAAGAAAAACUUGUAAAAGGUUGUAAAACCUUUAUUCAUAUUUCGAUGUAACGACCUUUUUAAGAUUUUUUUUGAGCGGUAGCACAGUUUUAUUGUCUGCUGAUGGGAGAAAAACAAACAAUUUAUUAUUGUUGCUAACCAAUUGUGUUGGAUGUCCUAGCGCAUUAUCCAAGCUUAAAAUUAUUUCCGAACUCGUAGCUCAUUUUACUGACCUAGCCUAAAUUCCUUAUUUGCCUUUACACGAAAUUGGAAUUUAUACAUUUCUGAAAGCACGAGAAUGCCUUCAGAAAAGCUGAAAUUUAGUUUUUGAGACCCAAAAGCAUUGCAACGGGGAAUCACUAAAUAGUGCACCCUAUCCUUACCAACUUGCUUGAAAACCUUUUUUUGUUACGUCUGUAUAGAAUAAUUUGAUUGCCCGAACAACUUUAUAAUAAGUGUUUUAUCUAAUUUAAUUCUUUCAAGAAUUUUUAUAACCGAAGAAGAAAGCGAUUUUUAUUCCACGCUGAAAACUGAUUUUUUUUAAAAGUUGAGUCUUAAUAAGAAACUUGAUUAAAAUAUUCUACAGUCUUAAUAAUUGUGUCAUUUCUAAUACGCCUUCCUCGGACUGGGAGUUUUUUUUCCAUUUAUAGAAUAAUUCUUAUUUUGCAUAUUAGCCUACAUUCUCUCGAUUUUGUGCCUUGUAAAUUUGUUCAUAUUUUAAUUAGGAAAACUAACCAACUGUUCGUAAUCUGUAAAGAAAAACUUAUUGAAACUUGACUGAAGAUCCAAUUUGCUUGCGCUUGACAAGUGAUAAAAGCAAAUUAAUAGUAAAUGUUGAUUUAUGUUGUGUAUUUUUUGUACAUAUAGACUAGUAGUAUUUGGCAUAUUAUGCACCUGAAACUUCUGAAAAUGGUAAGUGUAUCUAAAAGAAAGUUUUACAUUAAGAAAAUAUAACCUCAAAAUUAAACAAUUUGGAGGGUAAUAAUUAUCAUUUAUUUCUGAUAAAUCAAAGAAGUUCUACCUCUAAUUUUGAUUCGAUUAGGCGACAAUAUUUUUGGGUCUUAUCCAAAAAGUUUAUUGCGUUAUUUGGGGGUUUAGUUUAUUAAAGCAAUACUAUUUCUUAAGUUGUAAUAUUUCCUGUUAUUAUCUUUAUUGUCCAGAGUUGGCAGUAAUUAGGAAAUUGACCUAUUUUGGGAUUUAAAAUAAAAUUAUUAUAAUUACAAUUAUUAUUAUUACUGAUAAGAAUACAGUUCGGGUUGAAAUUAUAUAAAAUUAAAAGAGAACUAUAUUAAAUUUUAAAAAAUACAAAAAAAUGUAUAUAUUAUUUAGGUUAGGUCCAGUAGUAUCGGAAGUGCGCUUUAGUUGUGACGUUAUACUAUUAGUUUGUAAAGGUUAAUUUAUUGUUUUGUAAUAUAUUUUCAAAAUUUUCUAAUUUACACUUUAUUUUAUGCGAAGAUUUUCGCUUCUUCGUGUCUCUUUACAAAUUUGUUGAUAAAAUAAAAAUGGUUUAAAAGUAA